UUGCGCGCCACUCCGAGAUGGCAAGCAACGGAAUCACAAUCUCAUCAGCUGAUUGGGUGUACGCGUUGCGGGUCGUUUUGUCACAGUGGCGGUGAGAAUACAAAAACAGUGUUCAGCAAAGCUCUUAUUUCUCAGGAUUAUUCCCACACUUUCGCCGCCUCUGCACUUAAGUUGAGUGAUAAUGUACCGCCAGGCGAAUAGGAUUCUCUCGGGCACCCAUCUGACUGCUCUCAAGAACCAACGGAAUUACCUCUUCACCAGUCAGCUUCGCCAAAAGUCCUCCACCCCCAUCAACACAGUCAUCAUGUUUGUACCGCAACAGGAGGCAUGGGUUGUUGAGCGAAUGGGCAAGUUUCACCGCAUCCUGGAGCCGGGACUCAACGUGUUGCUACCCAUUGUGGACCGGGUAAAGUACGUGCAAAGCCUUAAGGAGAUUGCCAUCGAUGUGCCCAAGCAAAGCGCCAUCACGUCAGACAACGUGACCCUCAGCAUCGAUGGGGUGCUGUACCUUCGAAUUCUGGACCCCUACUACGCCUCCUACGGCGUGGAGGACCCCGAAUUCGCCAUCACGCAGCUGGCGCAAACCACGAUGCGUUCCGAGCUUGGUAAAAUGUCGCUGGACAAGGUGUUCCGGGAGAGAGAAUCACUGAACGUAAGCAUCGUGGAUGCCAUCAACAAGGCAGCUGCCGCCUGGGGUAUCAUGUGUCUUCGGUAUGAGAUCCGGGACAUUAAGUUGCCUUCACGCGUCCACGAGGCCAUGCAGAUGCAAGUGGAGGCGGAGCGGCGGAAGCGUGCGGCCAUCCUGGAGUCCGAGGGCGUCCGAGAGGCUGACAUAAACGUUGCUGAGGGUAAAAGACAAGCGCGAAUUCUAGCAUCUGAGGCGCAACGCAUGGAGCAGAUCAACCAGGCCAAUGGUGAGGCUGCAGCGAUGCUGGCUAUUGCGGAUGCCAGAGCGAAAGGUCUGCAGAUGGUGGCCAAGUCUCUAAUGGCGAAGGACGGGAAAAACGCCGCCUCUCUGGCGAUUGCUGAGCAGUACGUGUCAGCGUUCCAAAACCUCGCCCGUGAGAACAACACCCUCAUCCUGCCCCAGAACGUGGGCGAUGUCUCAUCGAUGGUGGCUCAAGCUAUGACUGUGUAUAAAACCAUACAAUCUAAUGGAAAUGGCGAUCCGCCUAAAGAGAGCCCCAAGAAUGGCACCAGAAUUGACGAUUCCACUGGAAGCACUGACUCUAUUUUGCCCUCAGAUGUUGAAAUUGAAGCCAGGAAAUCCCAGAAUCUGGCCAAGUGAAUGAAUCCCAAGUCGCUCCCUCAGUAGCUUAAGACUAUUCAUUUAAAUAGUGUAAAUAAAGGAGAAACAUUUUCUAAUUAAACCUCUGUUGUUAUUUGAUCUGAAAAGCAAGAUAUUUGCAGAUUGAAAUUAGCAAUCAAUGAAAAUUUGAUGAAAAGGUAAUUUGGGAAAAUUAAGUGAGAGAGAUACAAGUUUUUUAGAGUUUGGGGAUUGUAAGAGCCGAAAGAAGUGCUUUUUUAAUCAACCUUUCAUCAUUUUUCUAAUUAAUAUUAUGUACACUUAACUUAAAUUUACUUUACGUCUAAGAUUAGGCUAAUAUCAGUCUGAAUGUCUAAUCAAGUGUCUCCUAAGUGAAGUAUUCUCAGAAAUUCUAGACUGAUUUUCGCACCUGAGAAAAUAAAAACAGAUCAAAUUACUGAAGAUAGACAAAAGCAUAAAAAUGACUUCUUCA